AUGGAAGGUCAAUUUAUUGUAGAUAAAGAAAUUGGUUCAGGUUCCAAUAAAACAAACCCACCAGGAUUUUGGAUUGGUUUCGAUGACGCUUUCUAUGCAGUUGCUGGAUAUCAAAUCCUUGCAAAUGGUCGUAUCGUAUAUUCUCAAGACAACGCAAGAGAAGAAGCAUAUAUAACUUCAAACUCACAAACUACCGAACAAAUAAAGAAAGUAGAUGUUUUCUCAAAGACUCGACAUGAAGAUGUAUGGAGUCAUUCGGGAACAUGCAGAACAGGACAAAUUGUUAGUGGUCCAAUUACAGCAGGAAAAUCAUUUGAUUUUAAGCUUCGUUUAAGAAUUCCUGUUAGAAAGUUUUUACCAUUAGAAGCUAUAAGAUUUAUUCCUGCAUUUGCUGGUAACAUUCAGCUUAAAGUAAAGUUCAGUAGCGACGCAUUACAAUGCACAUCUAUAUCUGUAAAUGAUAUCAUUGCUUUCAAUCCAACUCUUAAAGUUGCAUUUGAUUCAGAUUCAAAUCCACCGACAAAUAAAUUUGUUCCAUGGAAUGAACCAUUCACUAUGAUAACGAAGGCAAUAGAAGCUAGUGGAACAGUUACUAUUACAACUGUAACCCAGCAACUAUUUCGAACAAAGAUGGAUUUUAAUGAAUGUUUCAUUCAUCCAAAGUCAUUCUCUUUAGACCCUAACAUUUAUACAGAACUUGUAGAACAUUAUACAAACGAGGCUUUGUGUUUUCCUGUUAAAGUUAUGGAUUGGAUUCCUAUGGACGGUUCAUUCUCAAGAAUACAGAUAGUUCAAGUGCAACAUUUACAGCAGCUUAUACGCCUAUUAAUGUUAAAAGUAUUUGGGCACUAUUUAGAAAGAAAGACAACUAUUAUGUUAAUUUUGAGAACCCUAAGUUUAAAUAUCUUCAGCUUUCCAUGGGAGCUUAUGGAAAUAUGCCUGCAGAACCUGAAAAAUCAUAUGGACCUGUAUUUUAUGAAAUGGUUGCGAACGCCUGCAAUACAAACAAUGAUAUGA